CGUUGCUAUGUUAACAACAACUACAGAAAAAGCGACACUUCUCGAAAACGAGUUAUAAAUCGGUUUAUUUUAUUUUGAAGAAAUGGAGACAUCGACAAAACAAGAUCUCGUCUUUGUUGAGUUGAGAGAGCGCUUACAGAGCGGCUUGUUCAUUGUACGAACUGAUGUUGUUAAGGACAAAUCUGAGGUCAGUGUCACUAGUGGAGACUCAGCCCUAAAAAUCCACAUACCUGAUGGGAUUUAUGAGGUGAAACUACCCCCAGAGGUCAGUCUAGUGGAGCGUUCAUGUCCGAAGAGUCCCGAGCUGAACGCGGAUGGGCUGCAUGUUCGAGUGCGUUUGAAGGUGGGCCAAUGUCCAGAGGCUCAGGACAGUGCAAUUCAGCAUCUGAGAGCACAGAGGAGCUAUUGUUUCUUGUGCCAAUCGUGUGGGGCCGUGCUGCUUAAAGACAGGGUUUUUAGGCGAGUACUCCCAUUACCCAAUGGGAACUGGAAUACACUGGUAGAUGACUGGUGUUGCCACCCUGAUCCUUUCGCUAACAAGAAGCUUCACCCUCAACAACAGGACUGUUUGCUCGGCGACACCUACUUCCUCUUGACCCGGGACAGUAGCUGUGACCAAUCCCUUACAAAUGGAGUGGAGUCAUCCAACACAAACACUGGCUCUCAUCUAUAUUCCAGAAAGCAGGCACUUGGCCACAGGAAUGUGGUUGUCUGUAAGAAUUGUUGUGCAGUGCUGGGAGAGGCAGUGACGACAGAGGUUUUAAAAUUCUAUAUAACUGAAGUGGUGGUGAGGCAAAACGAGGAUGGAGUAGAUACCGUGCCACAAAUUAGAGAGCAUUUCCUGGAGAGAGCCCUUAGUUCCAGACUUGUUGAGCUGUCAUCUGCUCAAAGUAUAUUUCGCUUUUCCAUCCAGACACCAGAUGGUACAGCUGUAAUCAUGCUCUGGCUCUUGAACAUGGACACUCUGAUCGCUUCAUUUUCUGAGAAAGCCAUCAGUGGUGACAUCCUCGUCUCCGCCAGUGACCGUCAUCCCAAUAAGCAUCAGUCAUGCCAGGCAGUUAGGGCAAUCAAAGUCCUUUACUUCCCCUGCACUCACGGUCAACAGGAUGAGGCUGUUCAGGCAUGGGAGAAGGAUAUCAGUGUUCACCCUCUGAUCCUCCCUCGGAGCACAUGUGGGGAGGUGCUACAGCUCCUGAAAUCCUCAACUGCAACCCUGCCCUCCUCACUGUGCUCAAUGAACAGCUACCAGGUGGCGUAUUUAAGAAGAUGAAUUGUGUUUGUGGAUUUGAGCGAUCAUUAAUGAACAGUGAAUAUUUUAUAAAAAAAUGUUUACACCAUUUUUGCAGUAAAAGUUAUUCAGUUUGUAUCGGCUGAUACUGUCCAUGUAUCACAAACACACAUUUCCCACUCAUCAUAUAUGCUUCAGGUGAAUGAAAUCACACUUCUUGCCUCGGUUACUAUUUUUGAUGCCAGUACCAAAGUAUCAGUGCCUGACCAUCAUAAUGUCUGACAGAUGAAUGUUACUUGUACAAAAUAACAAUCGUAGAGGCUCCAGAUCAAUCGUGAGAGUGAGUCCUGAAGAUGAUUAAAUGAUUGGUAAUUGUUUAACCUUCAUCAUGCUGUGUUUACCAGGAGUACAAUGUUUUAUUCCAUUAAAUGUUCUGUCACUGCAUUUUUCAAUAAAAUCCACGUGUAUGCUAAGAAACUUAA